AAGGAAAACCUGCCUUACACAGGAUUUCCCUCAGAAGUGUCUAAGUGUGAGACCAUCUGCCCUGAUCAUUUCCUGUCACUGGGGCAAAACGCACAACACUUGCCACUUAAUGGAGGAGAGCUUUAUUCCGGCUCAUGGCUUCCAUCUGUGGUCAGCUGGCUCCAAGGCCUAACCAGCACGGCAGAAGGAGGCGGCAGAGGAAAAGAAAAUCGUUCCCCGAAGAACAACAGGCGAACCUGAAGAGAUGGAUUUACUGGCUCAGAGUUUUGGAAGAGGAGCAACAGCUGCAGCUGGGAAUCUGUUCCCUGUUCCUUUACUCUGGGCUCAUAUUGAUGGAGCUCCUGUCACCUGGAAAGUUGUCAUCUGCAACUGUUGGAGAAAGGGGACAUGGACAUGUAGACAUCAGUAUUUCCAUUCAGAAAACUCCGAGCACAGAUGGGAGUCAAACACCUAUUCCAUGAAGCAGAGUGAGAGAAGUUCCCAGUUUGGAUGUGAGCAAAGGGCUAUGGGA